AUGCUUGUCAACGAAACUAUUGCCAAGUUUGGAAAACUUGAUGUUCUAAUUAACAACGCUGGAGGCGCCUCUGCUCACGGAGAUCUGCUUAAUGGCGCUAAAGAUCUGCUCACUGACUACGACGCUGUCUUCAAGCUUAAUGUCAGAGCCCCGAUUCAGCUGAUUCAGCUAGCAAUGCCUCAUUUGAUAAAGUCAAAAGGAAACAUUUUGAACACAGUCAGUGUAGAUGGUCUCACGCCUUCACAGUUAGUGUACAGCGCCUCUAAGGCUGCACUAAUCAUGGUAACCAAGACAAGUGCAAUGGACUUGGGACCAAGCAAAGUUCGAGUGAACGCCAUCGCGCCCGGCCCUGUCAACACUGCAUUCGGUCGUUCUUAUGGAGAGCCUAAUGUUUACAAGGAGCACGCGGAAGACUUCAAAAAGGGGACGGUUCUUCAUCGAAUUGCCGAACCAGAAGAGAUUGCCCGUUUGGCUUGCUUUUUGGUGUCUGAUCUUGCUGAAAACAUCACCGGAAGUAUCAUGGUAGACGACGCUGGAGUUAUG